AUGUGGGGGGGUUCGAUACAAUACAACCCGGAUGAAGAUCAGAAAAAAGCAGCACUCAAACGAGGCCUUCCUCCAACUGCUUCAAUAGCUGCGGUUCAUUUUCUUUUCCUAAUGGCCCUUACUCCCACAACAUAUGACUCCCAAGAGCUCUUAUCGACGGAGUCGUUUGGCACGAUCCGCCCCCCGGCUGGAAGACAUCUACCUCAUCCCGAUCACAAGGAGAAGCAACACUCUUUGCUUGUUGUCCUCUUACUCUUUGAGUCUGCCUUGUGGAGGUCUCUCGGGUUUGCGAAACUUCCAUUAUUGAAGCAAAUUGAAAUAGUUCUUUGUUCUUUUUCUGCAAAAGCUUUGAGGAGUGUUGGAAGGUGUUGCCCUCUUUUGAAGUCGCUGAAAUUGAACCAACAAUUUUAUAGAGAAAGAGGGGCGGUCUCUGACAAGGAGGCCCUUGCAAUUGCUCAAACUAUGCCUAAAUUACGCCACCUUUAGAUAUUUGCAACCCUAACUGACAAAGGCUUACAGGCCAUUCUUGAUGGUUGUCCUGAUCUUGAAUCUCUUGACUUACGCCAACGUUUCAAUUUAAAAUUGGCAGGACAGGUGGGAAAAUUUUGUGCUGAAAAGAUCAAAAUCUUGCAUCUGCCUCAUGAUCCCGAGGUGAUCGACUAUGAAUUUUUUAAUAACAUUAUUGAUUGCGGUGGUGAUGAUUUUGAAGAUUAUCAUUCUGGUUUCUUUGACGAUAAUGACGUUGACGAGAUUGACGACGACGAUGAUGAUAAUGAAAACGAAGACGAUAAUCUCUCAGAGUACCAUCAUAUUGAGUACAUGAUAUGUUAUUCGCAUGAUUGA